AUGGCCGACAUUAAUGUUGACGUCCUCGUCAUCGGUGCUGGCCCGACCGGUCUGGGAGCCGCCAAGCGUCUCAAUCAGCUGCUCUACGAUGUCGGCGGUCACGUCAUUUUCUCCCACUACAAGUACUUCGACGACUGCAUUGACGAGGCUCUCCCCAAGGAGGAUGACUGGUACACCCACCAGCGCAUCUCCUACGUCCGCUACAAGGGCCUCUGGGUCCCUUACCCCUUCCAGAACAACAUCUCCAUGCUUCCCAAGGAAGACCAGGUUCUGUGCAUGGACGGUCUCAUUGACGCCGCCCUCGAGGCUCGUGUCUCCAACACCAAGCCCAAGGACUUUGACGAGUGGAUCGUUCGCAACAUUGGAGAGGGUAUUGCCAACAUCUUCAUGCGUCCUUACAACUACAAGGUGUGGGCUGUUCCCACCACCAAGAUGCAAUGCGCCUGGCUCGGCGAGCGUGUCGCUGCGCCCAACCUGAAGCUUGUGACCAAGAACGUUGUCCUGAACAAGAUUGCUGGCAACUGGGGUCCCAACGCGACCUUCCGCUUCCCCGCCCGCGACGGCACUGGUGGCAUCUGGAUUGCCGUUUCCGACACCCUCCCAGAGGACAAGAAGCGCUACGGCAAGAAGGGUGAGGUCGAGAAGGUCGACGCCGAGGGCAAGGUCGUCACCCUCAGCGAUGGCACCACCAUCAAGUACAACAAGCUCAUUUCCACAAUGGCUGUUGACUCACUUGUUGAGAAGAUGGGCAACCAGGAGCUCAUCAGCCUUUCCAAGGGCCUCUACUACUCUACCACGCAUGUCAUUGGCGUCGGUCUGCGUGGCGCGAGGCCGGAGCGCAUUGGUGACAAGUGCUGGCUCUACUUCCCUGAAGACAACUGCCCCUUCUACCGCGCCACCAUCUUCUCCAACUACUCGCCUUACAACCAGCCUCAAGCCAGCGAGAAGCUCGCGACGCUGUACCUGGCCAAUGGCACCAAGGCGGCGUCGACCGAGCCCAAGGAAGGCCCCUACUGGUCCAUCAUGCUGGAGGUGUCCGAGUCUUCGAUGAAGCCCGUCGACCAGGAGAACCUCCUCAAGGACUGUAUUCAGGGUCUUAUCAACACGGAGAUGAUCACCGCGGAGGAUGAAAUCGUCUCGACCUACCACCGUCGCUUCGACCACGGUUACCCCACUCCCUCUCUCGAGCGUGAGGGCGUGCUUAAGGACCUGCUGCCCAAGCUGCAGGACCUGGACAUUUACUCGCGCGGUCGUUUCGGCAGCUGGAGGUACGAGGUCGGCAACCAGGACCACUCCUUCAUGCUCGGUGUGGAGGCCGCGGACAACAUUGUCAACGGCGCCGUCGAGCUGACGCUCAACUACCCCGACUUUGUCAACGGCCGCGCCAACACGGAGCGUCGCCUGGAGAACUUUGUUGUCGCGCCCACAUCUACCCAAACCAACGGCGCCAAGGAGCUGCCGACGAGGGAGCGUGCCGCGUCCAAGGCCUCGCAGCCCGCACACAGCCGCAAGUCGUCGAAGCAGGUCCAGUAG